CUCGUUCUGCUGCCAGAGAUCUGACCAUCGAUCUCAUUCGCUCCGCUGUCUACAGACCAAUCCCUCUUCCACCAUCUCUCUUCAUCGGAGAAGAAUGUGAAUCUAUGCAUGGUGUCCAUGGUGGAAGGGCUCCUCAUCCUCUCCCUCUGUUCUUUGACAAAGGAUCAUGGCGAGUGGCGGUGAUGGCAGAGAGCCAGUGAACGAGCAGGCGAUUGCAAACUUAUAUGCCGCCAUGAGGUCUGAUAUCAACCAACUCUACUCAAAAAUCACAGAACUAGAGAUGGAGGUGAGUGAACACUCACUAGUGAUUGGGGCCAUCCAACCGCUCGAUCCAUCCAGGCGUUGCUACCGAAUGAUUGGGGGAGUGCUGGUUGAGAGGACGAUCAAGGAGGUUUUACCUGCCGUCCAGCGGAACAAGGAUGGCCUCCAGGAGGUGAUCUCACGACUCAACGAGGCCUUGGAAAAGAAGAAGAAAGAAAUUUCAGAAUUUGAAGCUAAAUACAAGAUCAGGAUCAGGAAAUCUGAUGAAGAGGCCAGGGACGACAGUGGCCCGAAGGAAGGCUCUGCUCAGGGUGUUCUUGUGGGGCCAGCAGGCAGCGAUCAGUGAAUGGUACCUUGAGUUUCCCUAUUGCUUUGAAUAUCAGGUUUUGAAAAUUGGGAAUUGGGAAUUAUCAUAUCCUUGUUAAACAAGAUUUUCCCAUGGUAUGUACAGUGCUUGGGUGGAUGUAAGUUUUAUUUUGAAUUAGUUAUGCACCUCUUCACUUGCACCUUGACGUCAUAACAUAGGUGCCAACCAAGCAUUGGCAUGGGACAUCUGACCCAUUCAUCAGGUGGGUCUCUCUGUUUAGAUGAUCUGAUCAGAAAUGUAGGCUGCCCCUAGUUAUCA